AUGGCGAACUCGGGGGUGUACCUACAAGAAAGCCUUGCGAAUAAGUUUCUGGAGAUGAUAAAGGCCGGAAAGGCUCGGAUCGGGGCCAGUGGCGACCCGUUGGCGGAGAUACCCUUCGCCUCCCUCAAACGGACCAGACGCACGAGCGAACAAGUGCUGAAUUUCCUGCACAUUGCAUGCAAAGACGGUCUGAAUGUCUCACUCGGAGAAGGCGGUCGAGAACAGCAGGCUAGUUAA